CUGUCAAAUCGAUAUCAAAUUUCCGUGUUUUCUGUGUACCAACUCCCCAGACGAAAACAUUGCAAUUGUGUCCUUUUUAUUCGAAACGUAGCCAAUUUGUAGCAAAUAUGUUGAGUUAAUUUACCAUUUCGGUUUAUCAAGAAUGUGCUAGACAUUCGUUCCGGAGCGGGAUUGCCUGACCGUCAUCAGGACGAUCAUGUCUUGCUGAGUUGUUCUCAGAAGGUGUUUAACUCCAAACAGCAACAUCGAAACGGAGCGCAGGAGGAGUAGGCAAUGGCCUCGGUCACAAGAUGCGAAGUUUGCUUCUCCAAAGCGGACAGCGAUCGAAAGGCAAUUUUCGCAGAGGAAAACAGCCAUAUUGCUGGGAUCGUAGCGAAACAUUUGGGGUUUGAGAUUACACCGACAGUGGAAGAUGCCUCGAUAUGCAGCAAAUGCUGGAGUGCGUUGCAUGAAUUUCACAAAUAUUACUGUGAAAUAGAGGUAGCCAGGCAGCAGCAUGAGUAUGACCUACAGGCAAUUGGCGACAAACAGCAGGAAGAGGUCACUGUCGUUUGCGACAGCUUAGAGCCGAGCUAUAGGACGGAAUUUUUCGAGGUGAAGGUAGAACCAUUCGAACAGACGGACGUGUUUGAGCAGGAAAAUUCCAACGGUUCCGAUGAGAAGCCGCUGCACUGUGCGUUCGUAAAAUGUGAAGAUCCACCGAUCGAUCUCGAUCCGACGACCCCAUCGUCGGAUGAAGACUCUGCAGUGCCGCAGGGCAGCAGGUCAGACUCGUCCUCGCCGGAUAGGAGGAAGCCGAAGCGGGAGAGGAACCCGAAACGGCCACAAACGAGCGACACCGAGACGAAGCAAAGUAAAGUGGCCGCCCAGAAGGAGGAGGAUGAAAGUUUGCACAACUUCUACAAACGGAUCGUGUGCGAGGUGUGCGACAUUCAGCGCAUGCUGGUGGGUGAACCGCAGAUCGACUUCGGCACCUGGCGAGCGCUGCUGCGCCACACGAAGGAGGUACACAAGCACGACAAGGUGUACGUAAAGUGUCCGGUGUGCGAGAUGAAGAUGCGCACGAAGCAAACGCUGCUGCAGCACAUGGAUUGGCACGAAAAUCCGGAAAAGUAUCGGUGCGAACUGUGCGGCGAGAAGCACCAGAACAUGAAGGAGCACAUCCAGAACAAGCACCAGGAGCGGCAGUUCUGUUGCGACGUUUGUGGGAAAAAGUUCCCGUUCAAGAAGAGACUUACCGUGCAUAUGAAAAAGAUGCACGUGGAAAAGGACAUCAUUUGUGAUCAGUGCCAGAAGCCCUUCACAAAGUACACGAUAGAAGAUCACAAACGGUCCGUCCAUUCGGCGCGGUUUGUCUGUGAACACUGUCCGAAAACGUUCAACAGUCGCUUCCGGCUGCUGCAGCACAUGGAGGAGCACGAUGAAAGCUUGCGCAACUCCACCUCCGUACCGUGCACGAUCUGUGGGCAGGUGAUGCGCGACAAGUACAUCCUGACCAGACACAUCAAGCUGAUGCACACGGUCCAGCCGGCGGUCAGCUGUGAAACGUGUGGGAAAACGUUCAAAUGCAAGCGCAACCUGUCGGUGCACAUGACGAACGUGUGCAUGGAACCGACCCGCCUCUACCCGUGCACCAUCUGUGGGAAGGAGUUUCGGCGCAAGAACAAGCUGAAGGAGCACAUGUCGACGCACACGGGUAAACCGUUGUACAUGUGCUCCUUCUGUCCGGAAACAUUCCGCCAGGAUACGCAUCUGUAUCAUCAUCGGAAAAACGCACACUACGAGCGAUGGUUGGAGAUGCAGCAGCAGCGCAAGGAGGGUGUACGCUUCAAAUUGAAUGAAUUGCCGUAGUUGGGUAUGGGACAAAAGCGUGGCAUUGUGAGGCAGGUCCUUGCGGAGUGACUUUAAAAAAACAUGUGAUUGUGGGGAUACGGUAAAGAUUCGAUUGAAAGUGGACGAAUGAAUGGCAAUGGAUUGUAACAAUUUAAACUUCGACCGACCACCGUGUGUGCCAGUCAGCAUGAUUCUUUUAUAUCCGAAGACAAAUACAAAAUAAGAUUGAAAAAUAAACGUAAGCACAUUCACUAAGCUAAA